AAUAACAAAACAGUAAAAAGUCACACUCUCACCAACAACACGAAGCACCAAACAUCAAAACCAAAGCCAAUCCAAUUUCCAAACCAUAAAAAUUUACUUGGUACCUACACGCCUCCACCAUCAUUCAUCGAAUCAUCACUGUCUUAGUUUUCUUCUUCCAUGGCAGUAACCUCAACAUCACUCGCUUCUCAACUCUCCAUUGGCCUUCGCCGUCCUUCUUUCAAUUCUCAACCACUCUCUGCCAAUCAAUCUUUCUUCCACACCCUUCAUUCCAAUCUUCGUAUAUCCCUUUCUCAUGCCAAACCCUCCCGUGCCGUCGUCGCCAUGGCUGGUUCUGGCAAGUUUUUCGUUGGUGGCAACUGGAAGUGUAAUGGAACAAAAGACUCCAUCAGUAAGCUUGUCUCUGACUUGAACAGUGCCACAUUGGAGCCUGAUGUUGAUGUUGUUGUUGCACCUCCCUUUUUGUACAUCGAUCAGGUAAAAAACUCAAUUACUGAUCGGAUUGAAAUCUCUGCCCAGAAUUCUUGGGUGGGAAAAGGUGGUGCCUUCACUGGAGAAAUCAGUGUGGAACAACUGAAAGACCUUGGAUGCAAGUGGGUUAUUCUUGGACAUUCUGAGCGAAGACAUAUUAUUGGAGAAAAUGAUGAGUUUAUAGGAAAGAAAGCUGCCUAUGCUUUGAGCCAGGGUCUUGGAGUGAUUGCAUGCAUUGGAGAAUUGUUAGAAGAAAGGGAGGCUGGGAAAACUUUUGAUGUUUGUUUUCAGCAAUUGAAGGCUUUUGCAGAUGCAGUUCCUAGUUGGGAUUAUAUUGUUAUUGCAUAUGAACCUGUCUGGGCCAUUGGAACUGGCAAAGUGGCCACACCCCAGCAAGCUCAGGAAGUACAUAUAGCUGUUCGGGGUUGGCUAGAAAAGAAUGUCUCAGCUGAAGUUGCAUCUAAAACGCGAAUUAUUUAUGGAGGAUCUGUAAAUGGGGGCAACAGUGCUGAGCUUGCAAAGCAAGAAGAUAUUGAUGGAUUUCUUGUUGGAGGUGCUUCAUUAAAGGGUCCUGAGUUUGCUACCAUUGUGAAUUCAGUCACAUCAAAGAAAGUUGCGGCUUGAUACUCAUUAUGGUUUUGGCACUAUGAGAGCAUUAUUAAGGAUAAAAAUGCCUAGUCUUAAAUGUGGCAAUAAAAUGGGUGUAUUAUAACAGUUUGGUCUUGAUCAUACUUGAUGUGAUUUCUUUGCGAUUAGUAGGAAAAGCAUUCUCUCAGUUUUCCAAAGAGUCUGUUCUUAUAGCAAUUAGAGAUACAAAGCAUGUUAACAGGCAAUAAAAGUUUCUGGGUUAUUGUUUUUCA